GACGGAGGGGGCGGAGCGCCAGCGCCAUCACCAUGGAGCCUGAACCCGGGAGCCAGCUCGGGGCCCCCGUCGGCGCUUCUGCCGCCUUCUCGUCCCUACCUCAGCCGCCCCGAGAACAAGAGAGGAAGCUGCAGCAGGAGAAGCUCUCCGGGGUGGUGAAGAGCGUUCACCGGCGGCUGCGCAAGAAAUACCGGGAAGUGGGGGACUUCGAUAAAAUCUGGCGUGAACAUUGUGAGGAUGAAGAAACUCUCUGUGAAUAUGCUGAAGCAAUGAAAAACCUAGCAGAUAAUCACUGGACUAAAACUUGUGAAGGAGAGGGCCGCAUUGAAUGGUGCUGCAGUGUGUCCCGGGAAUAUUUUCAAAAUGGCGGACAACGAAAAGCACUGGAAAAAGAUGAGAAAAGAGCAGUUCUUGUAACUAAAAGUGUUCAAGCUAUGAGUGUUCAACCAACUCCAAAAAGAGAAGGUUCUUCUGAAAAUUCAAACCACGGUUCUGUAAUGGAUGAAUUGCUACAUCCUUCAGGAAAGAUCAGAUUACUUGAUGUUGGCAGCUGUUUUAAUCCAUUUUUGAAGUUCGAGGAGUUUUUGACCGUUGGCAUUGAUAUUGUCCCAGCUGUUGAGAGUGUCUACAAAUGUGACUUCUUAAACCUUCAGAUUCAGCAGCCUCUUCAACUUGCACAAGAUGCUAUUGAUGCUUUCUUGAAACAGCUGAAAAAUCCUAUUGAUUCGCUGCCUGGAGAAUUAUUCCAUGUUGUGGUCUUCUCUCUCCUCCUUUCUUACUUCCCAUCACCUUAUCAACGAUGGAUAUGUUGCAAAAAGGCUCAUGAACUUCUUGUACUAAAUGGAUUGCUGCUUAUUAUCACUCCUGACUCUUCCCAUCAGAAUCGCCAUGCUAUGAUGAUGAAAAGCUGGAAAACUGCUAUAGAAUCCUUGGGCUUUAAACGUUUCAAGUAUUCAAAGUUUUCUCAUAUGCAUCUCAUGGCAUUUAGGAAAAUCUCGCUUAAAACAACAAGUGACUUGGUGAGCAGGAACUAUCCAGGGAUGUUGUACAUCCCCCAGGAUUUCAACAGUAUAGAAGAGGAGGAAUUUUCUAAUAAUUCCUGCUAUAUCCGAUCGGAUGCUGAAGAUGAACAACUGGCCUACAGCUUCAUGGAGCUUCCAGAUGCUCCUUAUGACUCAGACUCUGGGGAAAGCCAGGCCAGCUCUAUCCCUUUCUAUGAGCUAGAAGAUCCUAUAUUGCUUCUAAGUUAAUGUAACAGUUAAAAUCAGCUUUGAAGUCCAACUCCCUUUACUGUAAAACUAACUUUGCUAAAAUGAUAUCUGCUCUGCACAUAAAGCAUUUGCAAAAAGGAAAUGCAAAAGGGUUUUGAGAACUGUCACUAUUUUUUUCUACUUAUGAAUUUUAAAAUUUAUUCUUGUAUUGAAAAGUUGAAGUGUGUUUUAUGCAGAUUGGCUCAAGUCAUAGCAUAAAUAGGGUUUACUUUAAUCUUUGUAUUGGUAAAA